CACCCACUCGCAAUGGCUGGCACCUGCCCCAUGUCCUUUCUCUCCUUCCCACGGUGAGUUCCCCAUGAUGUCCUUGCCCCCACCCUCUGGCCAUGUCUCGGCUCCCCCAGAGUCAGUGCCCCCCUGGGCCUCUCCCCACGAAACAGCGAAGGCGGCCUCCCUCCCUCCGCCCCUCCGCGAGUCUCCCCUAUGGCCAUGCCGCGGGCACCCCGCUCCUUCCCCCCCAUGGGGGGGGAGCCCUUUACCGCUGCACAGACCGACGGGUCCUGGCAGUGGUAUAGUGACACCCCCUCCUUCCGCUGCCCAGGAACGGGUCGACCCGGUCCGGUGUUACUGGGGCUCCCAGGGAGAAUAGGAAAAGGCCGAGUGUUCGUGAUCUGACCCUGACAGCGGGCAGAAAACGAGAAACGGGCCUCUGGCUGUGCGGGUUUGUUAUGUAGCUGUUAGGACCCGGCCACAGGGGGAGGAGCCGCCCGAGCCGGGGGGAGGGGAGACAAGAUGGCGGUGACGGAGGAGCUGAGGCUGAGGUGAGAGACUCCGCGAGUCUCGACCCUAGCUCGAGUUGGCCGUCUGCUCCGUUCCAGCGCCGAGCUGCCGGCGGUUUCCUAGAAACAUGAUUGCUUACUGGUGUUGAUCUCACAGUUUGUGAAGACUCCUUCUCUGAUAAUGUCAAGUUCGGGCUACCCUCCUAACCAAGGAGCAUUCAGCACAGAACAGAGUCGUUAUCCUACUCACUCUGUCCAGUACACCUUCCCUAACGCGCGACAUCAGCAGGAGUUUGCAGUUCCUGAUUAUCGUUCUUCUCAUCUGGAAGUCAGUCAGGCAACUCAACUCUUGCAGCAGCAGCAGCAGCAGCAGCAGCAGCAGCAACUUCGUCGACGGCCUUCCUUACUUUCUGAAUUUCACCCAGGCUCUGACAGAUUUCACUGGGAUAAAAUUCAUACACUUGAAUAUUCAGCAGAGGGUAUUUGUCUGUCUAGGCCUCAAGAAAGGAGAACUGGCUAUGAGCAGCAAUUUCACCCAGGUCCGUCACAGACUGAUCAUGAUUCAUUGGAAUCUAAGCGACCACGUCUUGAACAAGUUUCGGAUUCCCAUUUUCAGCGUGUUAGUGCUGCUGCUGUCCUGCCUUUAGUACAUCCUCUACAGGAGGGAUUACGAUCUGCAGAUAUUAAGAAGGAACCAGCUUUUGGAGGCAAGCAUGAAGGGCCAUCUUCUCCAGUCUCUGGUCAGCCCUGUGGAGAGGACCAGAAUGCAUCACCUUCAAAACUGUCAAAGGAAGAGUUGAUACAGAGCAUGGAUCGUGUAGAUCGAGAAAUUGCAAAAGUGGAACAGCAGAUCCUUAAACUGAAGAAAAAACAACAACAACUUGAAGAAGAAGCUGCUAAACCUCCAGAGCCGGAGAGGCCUGUCUCCCCUCCUCCAGUGGAACAGAAACACCGCAGUAUUGUCCAAAUUAUUUAUGAUGAAAAUCGGAAAAAAGCAGAAGAAGCUCAUAAAAUUUUUGAAGGUCUUGGUCCAAAAGUUGAACUGCCACUUUACAACCAACCAUCAGACACAAAGGUGUACCAUGAAAACAUCAAAACAAACCAGGUGAUGAGGAAAAAGCUGAUUUUGUUUUUUAAGAGAAGAAAUCAUGCAAGGAAACAAAGGGAACAGAAAAUCUGUCAACGUUAUGAUCAACUGAUGGAGGCAUGGGAGAAGAAAGUAGACAGGAUAGAAAAUAAUCCCCGCAGGAAAGCUAAAGAAAGUAAAACAAGAGAGUACUAUGAGAAACAGUUCCCAGAAAUCCGAAAGCAAAGAGAACAGCAAGAACGAUUUCAAAGGGUUGGCCAAAGAGGGGCUGGCCUUUCAGCAACUAUUGCUAGAAGUGAACAUGAGAUUUCUGAAAUCAUUGAUGGACUCUCUGAGCAAGAGAACAACGAAAAACAAAUGCGUCAGCUCUCUGUCAUUCCUCCCAUGAUGUUUGAUGCAGAACAAAGACGAGUGAAGUUUAUUAAUAUGAAUGGUCUGAUGGAGGACCCCAUGAAGGUGUAUAAAGACAGACAGUUCAUGAAUGUCUGGACAGACCAUGAGAAGGAGAUAUUUAAGGAAAAGUUUGUCCAACAUCCCAAGAACUUUGGUCUAAUUGCCUCCUACCUGGAAAGAAAGAAUGUUCCAGACUGUGUUUUGUAUUAUUAUUUGACCAAGAAAAAUGAGAAUUACAAAGCCCUUGUGCGAAGAAAUUAUGGCAAACGUAGAGGAAGAAACCAGCAGCAAAUUGCACGUCCUUCACAAGAAGAAAAGGUAGAAGAAAAAGUAGAAGAGGAGAAAGCAGAAAAAACAGAGAAAAAAGAGGAAGAAAAGAAAGAUGAAGAGGAAAAGGAUGAGAAGGAGGAAUCUAAAGACAAUACCAAAGAGAAGGACAAAACAGAAAUUGCACCAGAGGAAACAGAGCAGGCUACUCCUAGGGGACGAAAAACUGCCAACAGUCAAGGUCGUCGUAAGGGCAGGAUCACCAGAUCAAUGACAAACGAAGCUGCAGCAGCAAAUGCUGCUGCUGCUGCUACUGAAGAGCCACCACCCCCUCUUCCUCCACCUCCAGAACCCUCUUCUGCAGAGCCUGUGGAGACCUCUCGCUGGACAGAAGAAGAAAUGGAAAUUGCUAAAAAAGGGUUAGUGGAACAUGGUCGCAACUGGGCAGCAAUAGCCAAAAUGGUUGGAACUAAAAGUGAAGCUCAGUGUAAAAACUUCUACUUCAACUAUAAAAGGAGACAUAAUCUGGACAACCUCCUUCAGCAGCACAAACAGAAAUCUUCACGAAGGCCUCGUGAGGAGCGCGAUGUAUCGCAGUGUGAAAGCGUGGCGUCAACGGUCUCUGCUCAGGAGGAUGAAGAUAUCGAAGCAUCCAAUGAAGAAGAGAAUCCAGAAGACAGUGAGGGUGCUGAAAAUAGUUCAGAUACAGAGAGUGCUCCAUCUCCUUCACCAGUGGAAGCUUCCAAACCCAGUGAAGAUGCGAUGUCUGAGAGCUCUGCUGCUCGGAUAACCACUGAGACAACAGCAGAACAGGAAUCUGCCAUUAAAACCGUACCUAGCACAUCCCCCUCCUCAGCAGCCCAAAGUGCACAAACAGCUGAAAAUCAGAAUGUUGAGCUCCAAGUUAAGGAAGAAAUAAGCAAUGAGGCAGAGGAGCCAAUGGAGAUGGACAGUAGAAGCCACCCAGCUGAAGCUAAGCCUGUGCUCAACCUUCCCGUGCAUACUAAAGCAGAACCUGUAGAUGCUGAAAUAAGGUUACCAGAGAACAUUCAAGUGAAAAUAGAGAGUGAUACCAAAGAGAGGGAUUUGGAGAAACCCAAGGAAAAGUCAGAACCUGAGGAAAUGGAUUUCAGCCUGUCACAGCAGACUAAUCCAGCAAGACCAGAGCCCAAUUCAGACAAUGAUUCUAGUGCUACUUGUAGUGCUGAUGAAGAUGUUGAUGGGGAACCCGAAAGACAAAGAAUCUUCACUAUGGAUUCAAAGCCUUCACUGUUAAACCCUACUGGAUCUAUACUAGUAUCCUCCACAAUAAAACAAGGGCAGAUGGAUUUGCAGCAACUUCACCAUCGAGCUGCUGUCAUACCACCUAUGGUCUCUUGUAGCCCAUGUAAUGUACCUAUUGGAACACCCAUUAGUGGUUAUGCUCUCUAUCAGCGGCACAUUAAAGCUAUGCAUGAGUCAGCAUUACUGGAGGAGCAGCGCCAGAGGCAGGAGCAUAUCGAUAUGGAGUAUAGAAGUUCUGCAAGCCCAUGUGGCACCUCCAAGAGCCCUAAUGUUGAGUGGGAAGGAAAAUCAGUUGCUUAUAUGCCUUACGUUGAGGUCAAACGAGCAAUAGAACAGGAAGCACAGGUGCAAAACACAGCAGCAAGGUCGGCAUCGCCAUACAGGCUAUCUCCAAGAGAAGUCAGUAAAGCCUCUCCACAGCCUGAUAUGAAUGCAGCUCGCUAUAGUGUUCCACCAGUUCUCCAGCCUGCUCCUCAUCAAGUAAUAACAAAUAUACCUGAAGGGGUCCGGCUCCCAACGACCCGGCCAACCAGACCACCACCUCCACUCAUUCCAUCCUCCAAAACUACUAUGCCAUCAGAAAAACCAUCAUUCAUUAUGGGAGGCUCAAUCUCACAAGGAACACCUGGCACUUACUUAACAUCCCAUAGUCAAGCUUCUUAUAGUCAAGAACCAGCAAAGCCAUCUGUGGGAUCCAUAUCUCUUGGCCUGCCGAGGCAACAGGAGUCUGCCAAACCUGCUUCCAUACCCUACAUCAAGCAAGAAGAGUUCUCUCCCAGAAGCCAGAAUUCCCAGCCUGAGGGCCUCUUGGUCAGGGCACAGCAUGAAGGUGUGGUCCGAGGUACCACAACAGCUAUACAAGAAGGAAGUAUAACACGAGGAACUCCAGCCAACAAAGUUCCUGUUGAAACCAUCCCUUCUCUGCGAGGCUCCAUUACUCAGGGUACACCAGCAUUGUCCCAGUCUGGCAUUGCUGCUGAUGCAUUGCUGAAAGGAACCAUCACCCGACUGGCUACCGAAGACAGCAGCCCUGAGAAGUGCCGAGAGGAAGCUGCAGCCAAAGGCCAUGUUAUUUAUGAAGGCAAGAGUGGGCAUAUCUUAUCAUAUGAUACAGCUAUUAAGAACGUCCGAGAAGGAACCAGGAGUCCAAGGACUGCUCAUGAAAUCAGUUUAAAGAGAAGUUAUGAUACGAUGGAAGGAAGUAUUAAACAAGGAAUGUCAAUGAGGGAGUCUCCAGUGUCUGCACCAUUAGAGGGGUUAAUAUGCCGUACACUGCCUAGGGGCAGCCCUCAUGCAGAACUGAAGGAGAGGACUGUGCUGUCUGGCUCUAUAAUGCAAGGUACACCAAGAGCAACAGCUGAGAGUUUUGAAGAAGGCCUGAAGUAUCCUAAACAGAUUAAGAGAGAGUCUCCUCCCAUACGGACAUUUGAAGGAGCCAUAACCAAGGGAAAGCCGUAUGAUGGAGUCACUACCAUUAAAGAAAUGGGCCGUUCCAUCCAUGAAAUUCCAAGACAGGAUCUUUUAAGCCAAGAAAGUCGCAAGACUCCUGAAAUAGUACAAAGUGCAAGGCCAAUUAUGGAAGGCUCCAUUUCUCAGGGUACGCCCAUAAAAUAUGAAAGCAACUCCGGCCAGUCUGCUAUCAAACACAAUGUAAAAUCUUUAAUCACUGGACCAAGUAAACUGCCCCGUGGAAUGCCUCAGCUGGAAAUGGUACCGGAAAAUGUGAAGGCGGUAGAACGAGCAAAAUAUGAAGAUGUAAAGACUGGGGAGACUGUACGUUCCCGUCAUACAUCGGUGGUCAGUUCUGGCACCUCUGUCCUCAGGUCAACUCUUCAUGAAACUCCCAAAUCACAAUUGAGCCCUGGGAUUUAUGAUGACACCAAUGCAAGGAGGACUCCUGUGAACUAUCAAAGCCCUAUGUCCAGGAGUUCACCUAUGAUGAACAGAGUUACUGAAGGCAUCAGACAGAUCAGGACUAUGCAGGGUGGACUUUUCAGCGUUCCACCUCUGUUCAAAUUUCUACCACUAAACUUUCGCCCAAGGCAAACAUACUUUUAUAGAGCUGGAAUAUCUUCUGGGAAGCCUGCUAAUCAUGAAAGGAAAAGCACACUUACCCCAACGCAGAGAGAGAGCGUACCAGCGAAAUCUCCAGUCCCAGGCGUUGAUCCUGUAGUAACUCACAGUCCCUUUGACUCCCAUCAUAGAGGAUCUACUCCAGAAGUCUACAGGAGCCAUCUCCCCCCUCAUUUAGAUUCAGCCAUGCAAUUUCACAGGGCUCUGGAUCCUGCUGCUGCUGCAUACUUGUUCCAAAGGCAGCUUUCACCUACCCCAGGUUACCCAAGUCAGUAUCAGCUUUAUGCAAUGGAGAACACACGGCAGACAAUCCUAAAUGACUAUAUUACCUCACAGCAGAUGCAGGUUAAUUUACGUCCUGAUGUAACCAGAGGACUAUCUCCUAGAGAGCAAACUUUAGCUCUCCCAUAUGCAGGAGCUAGAGGAAUUAUUGACCUGAACAAUAUGGCUCCCACUAUCUUAGUCCCUCAUCCAGGAGGAACAAGUACCCCUCCUAUGGAGAGAAUCACUUAUAUCCCUGGCACCCAGCUCACAUUCCCUCCGAGGCCUUACAACCCUGCAUCUAUGUCACCAGGACACCCUACGCAUCUGGCUGCUUCUGCAGCUGCCAACGCUGAGAGGGAGCGGGAGAGGGAACGGGAGAAGGAGAGGGAGAGGGAACGUGAAAGGGAGCGGGAGAGGGAACGAGAGAGGGAGAGAAUCGCUACAGUUCCCACUGAGCACUACCUUCGGCCUGGUACAGAGCAACCUGGUAGACCUGGCAGUCAUGGAUACGUUCGCUCACCUUCUCCUUCUGUUAGAACCCAAGAGAACAUGCUGCAGCAAAGGCCCAGUAUUUUCCAAGGAACCAAUGGGACAAGUGUAAUUACCCCUCUGGAUCCUGCUGCUCAGCUACGCAUCAUGCAGCUCACGCCUGGAGCCCCCUCCAUAACUCCAGGGUUGCCUGCUUCCCGUUACAACACUGCUGCUGAUGCCCUAGCUGCAUUGGUUGAUGCUGCAGCCUCUGCUCCUCAGAUGGAAGUUGUCAAAGCAAAAGAGCAUAAGCAUGAAGGAACCAGAAUAGAAGAGAAUAUGGGGCGCAGGUCAACGGUGGUUAGUGAACAGCAGCAACAGAUGGAGCAGAAAACACUGGAAGCAGAAAAGAGGUCUGUUCAGUGCCCGUACACAUCAGCAGCUUUUCCAAGUGGCAAGUCCCAGGGUCCGUCUUCAUCGGUAGUUUAUUCAGAGGCUGGUAAAGAUAAAGGGCCUCCUCCUAAAUCCCGGUAUGAGGAAGAGUUAAGGACUCGUGGGAAGACCACCAUUACUGCUGCUAACUUCAUAGAUGUGAUCAUCACUCGGCAGAUUGCUUCGGACAAGGAUGCACGGGAUCGGGGCUCACAGAGUUCAGAUUCUUCUAGCAGUUUGUCUUCCCACCGAUAUGAAGCACCUGGAGAUGCCAUUGAGGUGAUUAGCCCUGCAAAUUCACCUGUACCUACCCAAGAAAAACUACAACCCUAUCAACAAGAGGCACCCAAACCAAGCCAGGCAGAAAGUGAUCCCAACAGGCAGUAUGAAGGUCCAGUUCACCGAUAUAGGACACAACAGGAAUCUCCUUCUCCACAGCAGCCUCCACUGCCUUCCUCUCAGGCAGAAGGGAUCGGACAUGUACCUAGGACCCAUCGUCUGAUCACACUUGCUGACCAUAUCUGUCAAAUUAUUACACAAGACUUUGCUAGAAACCAAGCAGCCUCACAAGCAUCCCUGCAGCCUCCGACUAGUACAUUCCAGAACUCGGCUUCUGCUUCAGCUCCUACCCCUACUCGGGCAAAGGCUUCAAACCGCUACAGCCCCGAGGCACAGUCUGUUCACCAUCAACGGCCAAGUGCCAGAGUGUCUCCUGAAAAUCUCUCUGACAAAUCCAGAGCAAGACCUGGGAAGUCCCCAGAGAGAAGUCAUGUCUCUUCAGAACCCUAUGAGCCAAUCUCACCGCCUCAGGUCCCAGUUGUACAUGAGAAACAAGACAAUAUUAUAUUGCUUUCCCAAAGAACUGAGCCUGCUGAACAGAGCAGGACUGACUCUCGCUCUCCGGGGAGUAUAAGUUACCUGCCUUCAUUUUUCACCAAGCUUGAAAACACCUCUCCAAUGGUGAAGUCCAAGAAACAGGAGAUAUUUCGUAAGUUGAACUCCUCUGGUGGAAGUGACUCUGACAUGGCAACUGCUCAGCCAGGAACUGAAAUAUUUAAUUUGCCAGCAGUCACUACCUCAGGUGCAGUCAGUUCUAGGGGUCAUUCCUUUGCAGAUCCUGCCAGUAAUCUGGGUCUGGAAGACAUUAUUAGGAAGGCACUGAUGGGCAACUUUGAUGACAAAGGGGAGGAUCAUGGAGUUGUAAUGUCCCAGCCUAUGGGGAUAGCACCUGGUAGUUCCAACCCUGCAGUCUCAGCUAAUAGCGAGGCCCGUAGAGAGGAAGCUAAUCCAUCACCCAAUUCAGGAGGGGGAGUUGGCAAGCAGAAGUUAAUUGGCAAGUCUAAUAGUAGGAAGUCUAAAUCUCCUAUUCCUGGGCAGGGAUACUUAGGAACUGAAAGACCUUCCUCUGUCUCAUCUGUACAUUCAGAAGGAGAUUACCACAGGCAGACUCCAGUGUGGGCCUGGGAAGACAGGCCUUCUUCAACAGGAUCAACUCAGUUUCCUUACAACCCCUUGACGAUGCGGAUGCUUAGCAGUACACCACCAACGUCCAUUGCGUGUGCCCCGCCAUCCAUGAGCCAAGCAGCCACUCACCAACAAAACAGGAUAUGGGAGCGAGAGCCUGCACCACUGCUUUCAGCACAAUACGAGACUCUGUCUGACAGUGAUGACUGAACUAUGCAGAGGUUUUUUUUAUUUGUGGGUCGAAAAAGCUCCAUUUUUGACUUAUGCCCAAAGGGACUUCCCAAGAGAGCAAGGGCCACACACGAAGAAAUGAUGGGGAGCUAUUUGGAGAGUAAAUCGAAAAGAUUCCAUCUGCACAGACCAUGUGUAGGAGGAUCAUGAUCAAGGAGGGUUGACGUACUAAAGAUAAAUAUGUAAAGACUUUUUAAGAAGUGGACUAUUCCUGUUCUACAUUUAUUUGUAAAGAAAACCAUAAUGUCUUUAAAUCAUUCUUCUGUAAAUAGAGAGUCCUUUUUGCAGUGUUUUUUCCCUUGCUAUAGUCUCUGGUGUACUUACGUUCAAAUCAUUGCAUAAACCUUGGGGGUCAUUUUGUAAUUUUUUUUAAAGCAUUUUCUCAAGUGUAGAGUACUCUUCAUACCUUACUCUCCCAACCGACAAAGCAUCAUUGCCCCUUAAUGCAAUGCCACCUCUUACUGGUGGUGUGCUUCAAUCUAAUUUUCCCCUAGACACAGUGGUGUUCAAGCUCUUGUGAAAAUGUUGAUUUUUAAGACUGACCCCUUAACAAAUUCUGUACAGUAACAUAGUCAGGUCUGCUGGGGUAAGAUUAUAUUUCUUUGAUUUUUAAAUUUCUGCCACAUUGUAAAUUUUCAGUGCAGUCAGUUUUAUUUAGCAACACUGCAGAAAUAUUAUUGCAUGGGUAUGUUAUGGUUCAGUUUAAAAAGAAAAAACAAUAACAAAACAAAAAAAAACCAACCAAGCAGCUUCUGGAGUCAUACCUCACUGUUAUGCACACUGGUAAUUUAACUGUGCCCCAAAAGACUAUUUUAAUGUUUUCAGUUUCUGCAUUGUAUGCAGCUGAAAAAGGCUACUAUUUUAAACAAAUUUUAGUACCAUAUAUAUCCUUAUAAAUCACAGCAGAUUGCUUAACUGAACAAAGGCUCUGGGUGGGUUGUUGGGUCCAUCAAGAAAAAUAUAUCCACUGCUCUAGUUUAAAAAAAAUAAAAUAAAAUAAAGCUACUUCUGAGCUUUGUAAUCAAGGAACAUAAGAGUCAACUUUCUGGGCUCUGACAGCCAGUUUGAAAAAGAUACUGUGAUUAUUGCUUACUUCAUUCUAAUUUUGAAAUGUCUUUUAACAUGCAUUUUAAAACCUAGUCCAGUAAGAAAAAUGAUUUGCAUGUAAACCUAAUUUUUUAUAUUGAACCAACCCCUAAACUUUACUUGAUAGAGAGACUCUCU